GCUAUUCACGUUGACCAACGUGAAUCAUACGGAGCGUAAUCUCGUAAGUUGAUUCUCGAAGAAAUCGGUAAAGCAUGCAACGGAUUCGAGACGAUACCGGUAGUGAAAUUGUUUAAUAAUGAUAUAUUAGGUUAUUUUGCAUAUUAUUUGCUCCAAUUUUUACGAUGAUUCUCAAGCUGACGUAUUAGAUGAUAAAAUAAUCCGAUGAAAGAAGACUCAAGUAAGAAUUUCAACUAGUAGUAAUUGACAUUGUGUGUGUAGAAACGGUCGGUACACAUUACCGUUUCAACUUGCAUUGAUUUCAAGUGCGAGACGAUACUAGGAAAGAAGGCGAGAAAAAUGAGCAUGACGAAAUGCGGAUUCUGCGGCAUUUAUCCGAAAUGUCUGCAGAAUUGGGCAUCGACGCGUGGAUUCAUUGCCGUCUACGCAGUCCUCGGUACGGUCCAAGCGAUGGCAUUCAUUUACGUUGUCGUAUGCUUAACUACCUUAGAAAAGAGGUUCAAGAUUCCUACACAGACAAUUGGUAUUAUUCUAUCCGGCAAUGAGAUAUCACAAAUUCUGUCGAUCGUGCUGAUCUACUACGGAGGAUCGGGUCACAGGCCCAGAUGGAUAUCCGUCGGCGUGGCACUGAGCUCGCUGUCCUGUUUCGUCCUCGCGCUGCCUCACGCCAUCUACGGUCCUGGACAGGACGCCCUGUCCUUGACCAUGGAGUAUCUCAACGCGAGCCUCGUGGAGAACAGCGACUCGAACAACGGCAACAACAAUAAGGAUUCGCUCGUCUGCUCGUUACAAUCCAACGACAACAACAAGGAUUCGUUAUUGGACCACGAACAGUGCAACCAGACCCAGCUGGACGACACGAGUGUAGUUCCGCGCCUGAUAGUGUUUUUCUCGCAGUUCAUUCUCGGGAUCGGCACGACUCUCUACUACGUGCUCGGCCAGCCCUACAUCGACGACAAUACGAAGAAGAAAAAUACGCCGAUGCUUCUGGGUAUCACGUUUGCUUUUCGUACAAUUGGGCCUGCGUUAGGAUUCGUCUUGGGCUACUUGUGCUUGAAUCUCUACGUGGAUCCGAGUCUGCACCCCGUGAUCGAGAAGACGGACCCGAGAUGGCUGGGGGCCUGGUGGCUCGGCUGGAUCAUUCUGGGCGCGGCGCUGGCACUGCUGGCCGUUCUGCUGGCCAUGUUCCCGCAGGAGCUCAAGAAGUCGAAAAGCUCGAGCGAGAGCCCGAACGGCCAAGCGUUAAAUGUGGAAAUGGAGAUGCCGCUUCAGGUUCAAUUAAACGCGUCGACCAGCGGUUCGAUCAGCGAGACGCGAGAGGAAAAACCGACCAUCAAGGACUUUUUGAUCUCGACCAAGCGUAUACUUUCUAACGAGAUGUUGAUGUUCAAUAUGUUCAGUGUUGUUUUCUAUGUCUUGAGUACAUUGCCCUUUAUGAAUUUCAUCGCAAAAUAUUUGGAAAUACAGUUCCAAAUGUCGCCGGGGGGUGGCACCAUCAUAACAGGCCCUUUGACGUUGUUCGGCAUGGUUCUUGGAUUUUUGAUAUCCGGAGCAAUCAUAGGAAAAUACAAACCCGCUCCAAGAACCCUUUUAUUCUGGAACGUCAUGGUUGGCCUGUGCUUCUUCUUCGGUCAAAUCUGGAUAAUGUUUCUCACUUGCGAGACCGGCGGUAUCCAAGGAAUAGAUUUUGAUUCUAUGCAGGUAAAUUUAACGGCUCCGUGCAACGCAGCCUGCAACUGUGGCAACGUGAAAUUUUCGCCUGUCUGCCACGAAGCGAGCAAGACGACUUUUUUCUCGGCGUGUCACGCCGGUUGCCGGGCGGUCGUCAACGAGACGACGUUCAGCGACUGCAGCUGCGUGACGCACCUCGUCGAGCCGCCCGCCUCGGGGCCGAACUUUUGGCUGGCCAACGACCACGUCACCGCGGGACCCUGCAAGCACGACUGUUUCUCGCCCUACCUGCUCUUCUCCGUCGUGACCAUGCUGAUGAAUAUUUUCGGCUGUUCCGGACGCAUCGGCAACGUCCUGAUCAAUUACCGCUGCGUCGAGAUGAGGGACAAGAGUCUGGCCCUGGGAUUCUCGCUGCUGGUCGUGUCCCUGUUCGCUCUGAUACCCGGGCCCAUCGUUUUCGGGGCCAUCAUGGACUCGACCUGCAUGGUAUGGGACAUAUCGUGUAAGAGUCGCGGUAACUGCUGGGUCUAUCAUCGCGAUGAUUUUCGAUUUUACGUCAACGUCGCGGCGGCUGCUCUCUGCCUCGUGGGUGUGUUCUUCGACAUGAGAGUCUGCUUUCUGUCAAAGGGCAUCGAUCUCUACGGUGACGAGGAGGAGGAAGAAGAGGGGGCAGAACCGAACGAUCAGCCAUCGAGCCGUUUAUCGACUUGAAGUGGGGAAAAUUACAUCGCUGAUUAUGGCUCCAAUUAUGCAGGUUUUGUUAUUGUACAUACUUUUUUCGUGUAAAUAUAUUGAUUACAAAAAACAAUAAAUAAUAAAGAAGUAUAUAAAACGAUUGUAAAUGUAAAUACCGCAACUUGUACCAAAGCAAACAGUGCGCCAGUUGAUACAUUUUAUAUAAUACAUGAUAAUAUUAGAAAAACUUUGACACAAGUUCACAUUGUGUGUGUAUACGAGAAAUGCAUUUUUACGAAAAAAUAA